AUGUUAAUGCUGGGUGUGGGAAAAUCUUCGAAGCAAAGAAAGUUGGAUGAUAAGAAGAGGCUUCGCCUAGGACGGAUGUUCCUCGAGCACAUUUAUCAAAUUUUAUGCGAAAACGAUCGAUUUUGCAGUCUACAGGGAUUUGAACUUCAACGGGUGGAUGUUGGUCCAACAUACCAAGUGAUGGAUGUGUACUGGUUAGCAAAAGGCGAUGAAUCCGACCAAGUUACAGAGGAGUUUCUGAAAAGUUCUGAGAAUUUCGUCCGUAAAAGGCUAUCUGAAUUUCUGGGAAACAGCAAGGUACCACGUGUCAAUUUCACUUCUGAACGCAGGCAUCUUUUAGAGCAGGUAAAGUGCCUUUCGCUAUCAGUUUUUCGCAUACGGGUUUCAUGUACGCAGCAGUUCAUUCCCUUUUGGAAGAUCGCUUUCUGA